CACUUCAGUCUUCACUACUAUAAAUACCCUCCGACUCCUACUCCUCUUCUCUACCAAACAUCAUAUUCAUACCAAAAGAGGACACUAGCUAAUAAAAUAUACUUACAUUGUAAUAAUUUUUCUAUAAACCUUUAUUAUAUCAAUCCAAUCAUGAACUCAACGUUAAGCGAUGUGUUCAUAUCACAUCCCAUUCACAUCCCGUUCUCAAACUUACCCGACUUCACAUCCCUUCGUCACCUCCCAGACUCUUACACGUGGACCCCCAAAGACGAUCUCCUCUUCUCCGCCUCCGCGUCUGACGAAUCUCUACCAUUCAUCGACCUCUCCGAUCCCCACGUGGCCUCUCGUGUUGGCCAUGCUUGCACCACGUGGGGGGCAUUCCAGAUCACAAACCACGGCGUGCCCUCACGGCUUCUCGACGACAUGGAGUUCCUCACGGGAAGCCUUUUCCGGCUUCCCGUCCAUCGGAAGCUCAAUGCUGCUCGACGUGAGGAUGGCAUAUCCGGCUACGGCGUUGCUCGUAUUGCUUCAUUCUUCAACAAGCAAAUGUGGUCCGAAGGUUUCACAGUUGUUGGUUCCCCACUUGACGAUUUCCACAAACUCUGGCCCGUACAUCACCUCAAAUACUGGAAAAAUAAAGCUGGUGGACGCACUAAAAGAUUAUAUGUUGUGUCUGUCUCAGUUGUUAUUGUAUCUCAACUGAUUUUCAACAGUGAAAUUAUCCAAGAGUAUGAAGAGCAUAUGCAAAAGUUGGCAGCGAAGCUGAUGUGGCUGGCAUUAGGUUCACUUGGAGUUGAGGAAAAAGACAUUGAAUGGGCCAGUCCCGGUUCAGACUUUCGAGGAGCACAAGCAGCUAUCCAACUCAACCACUAUCCGAUAUGUCCAGAACCGGACCGAGCAAUGGGCCUCCCAGCACAUACCGACUCAACUCUCAUGACCAUACUGUACCAGAACAACACCGCCGGUCUCCAGGUUUACCGCGAUGACGUGGGAUGGGUCACUGUGCCACCUGUCCCUGGCUCACUAGUAGUCAACGUCGGUGACUUACUCCACAUUUUGACCAACGGAAUGUUCCCGAGCGUGCUUCACCGAGCCAGGGUUAACCACCUCCAAUCUCGCUUCUCUAUGGCUUACCUGUGGGGUCCACCUUCUGAUCUGAUGAUCUCUCCGCUUCCAAAACUCGUUGAUCCUCUCCAUCCUCCUCUUUACCCAUCUCUUUCUUGGAAGCAGUACCUUGCAACCAAAGCUACUCAUUUUAACCAGUCUCUUUCCUUUAUUAGGAACUAUCGGUCUUCAGACCAAAUCUCUUGAUGUUUACAUUUGUAUUUUAUCAUUGUACAGAUUUUUAUCUGAGUAAUAUGAAAAAUAAUUGAUAUUGUAUUUUACCUC